AUGAAUUACUAUACUAAAGAUGAACAACCAUUUGACUGUGUUGUCCUGGAUGGCAAUGUUGUCACUGCUGCCGACGUUGGUCGUUACGAUAUUGCCAUCAAAGACGGAAAGAUUGCUCUUCUAGCACCAGCUAAUUCUCUUCGUGAUUCACCCGCGAAGAGAAUAAUUGACGCCGAGGGAGCGUAUGUGACGCCUGGAGGGGUAGAUGCGCAUGUCCAUUUGGCAGAGCCAGCUCUAUUUGGAAAGGGUCAAAGUUCUGAUGAUUAUACUAGUGGCUCUCGAUCAGCAGUUGCUGGUGGGACAACUACUAUAAUUACCUUUGCCGCGCAGUUGAAAUCGGAGACAUCACUUUUGCCUGCCCUGGAGAGGAACUUUGCAGAAGCCACCAAAGGCGCUUAUUGUGACUAUUCAUUCCAUUUGAUCGUCGCAAACCCGACAAAAGAAGCUCUGGAUGAGCUGCCCUUGUUAAAGGAAAGGGGCGUUACCUCGGUAAAGAUAUACAUGACAUAUGAGGCUCUCCAGCUCCGCGACAACCAGAUCCUUGAUGUUCUUUUGCGCGCUCGCGCUGAGGGAAUCACUACCAUGAUUCACGCCGAAAAUGGCGACAUGCUGCAAUGGAUGACUGAACGACUCGAAGAGCAGAAGCUUCUCAGUCCUAGAUACCAUGUCACAUCGCGACCCCAAAUUCUAGAGACAGAGGCUACCAAUCGUGCUAUUUCUCUUGGGCAACUUGUCUGCGCCCCGAUACUCAUUGUUCAUGUUUCAUCGCCUAGUGCAGCAGAGAUCAUCCGAAAUGCACAGAGCCUUGGACAUCCAGUCUAUGCUGAGACAUGUCCGCAGUACACUUUUUUGACUCGAGCUGCUCUCAAAAAACCCGGAUUCGAAGGAGCAAAGGCAGUUUGCUCACCACCGCCUCGCAACUCUGAGGCUGAUCUGGAGGGGAUCUGGAUGCAUUUGAAGAAUGGAACUUUUACCAUCCUGUCAUCCGAUCAUUGCCCAUUCAAUUACAAUGAUACAGCCUUUGGGAAAAAGGCUGCUAUUACCUGUGAUGCACCAGAUGGCCAUUUUAAGCACAUUCCAAACGGCUGUCCGGGUGUUGAAACUCGUCUCUCCUUGGUUUUCAGUGCGAAACGAUUAGCGCCAGAGCGAUUUGUAGCUCUCACAAGCACAAACCCAGCCAAGCUCUAUGGACUUUAUCCGAGAAAGGGGGCUCUGAUUCCAGGGGUUUCGGAUGCAGAUCUCACAAUUUGGUAUCCAUCAGGAAAGAUGCAGCCAUUUUCUAUCUCUAACGACCUACUGCAUCAUAACGUCGAUUACACCCCGUAUGAAGGGAUAGAGGUUUCACAAUGGCCGCGGUAUACUCUCCUCCGAGGGGAGGUUGUGUGGGACCGUGAUGACGGAGGUCUUGUAGGUCGUCAAGGGUUUGGUCAAUAUUGUGCCAGAGAAUCCAUUUUUUGGCAUGAGGAGUUGCCAGAGUGGGAUGUAACAAUGUACUGA